UAGCAGCGUAGCUGAAUGAGUCUGUCGGAAGAUGAGCUCUGCUGUCUUUGUUGUGUCAUGCAGGGGGUGGGUUGGAUCGUCCAUGACGUAGAGCAGUUUGUUCAGUGACCUCAUAAUCGAUUAUUAUCAAUUAGCUGUUGCAGCUCUAAUUCAAAUGUCGUUUUUUCAAGAAUUGCAAAUCUAGUCUUCUUUAUCAAUAAUUGAAGAGCUACAGACAACCCUGAUUUAUCAUAAAAGAUCUGCUGCCUUUUGUUUCAGGCUGUUCCAGAAUGAACCGAGCCAUAGCCACCUGCUGCAUAUUCCUGCUUCUCUCUACAUUCCUGUGCGACCAGGUGAUGUCCAAAGGUGGCAGAGGAGGUGCCAGGGGUUCUGCUCGGGGUUCUGCCAGAGGGUCUGUCCGAGGCAGUGCGCACGGAGGACGCACAUCCCGUAUCGGUGGAUCGUCCUCUGUGAGGGUGGCAGGAGCCGCUGCAGCUGGUGCCGCAGUAGCACUGGGAGCUGGAGGAUGGUACGCUUCAGCCCAACGCAAACCAGAUGACAGCUCCGAGCAUGGGGACGAUUAUUACAGCAACAGAACAGACUGGGAACUUUACCUCGCCCAAACCUCUAGCGCAGUGACUCAGGAUUUCACAUAUAGUGGACUGUUUUCAUUACUACUGCCAGUAAACUUUCUGUUUCCUUGA